AAACAAAAAUGCAACCCAAAUUAAAUCUCAUGAAUUGUUGGAGCAUAUUACUUAUGGCUGUGUUUGGCAUUUCCCUAGUGCAUGGGUUAAAUGGUCCUGGUGUUGUAACGCCGAUUAAAGUGGAAGCUGAAAUAGGUGCUUCGUUUAAUAUUACGUGUGUCGUUAAUAAAGAGCACGGGGAUAGUAGAGAUAUUUAUUUUCAAGAGAAAUAUAGUUCGCAGAAAUCCAAAAAUCCAGUAAUUAUAGUGGAUAAACAAACUGCGGUGCUGGCAUUCCAUAAUGCAAGUGAACAUGUGGAAGUAUAUAUGUGCAUGGUUGGGAAGAAUGCCAUUGGAACAAGUGCAGUUUACAUAGGUAUGUAA